AUGCUGAAAAAGGUGCACAGUAGUAGCAGUACGGCGUUCCUACUGGUAAUGAACAUUUUCGUCCCUGCUAUCAUUGACGAGUACAACUGCACAAAAACCGAAGCUGACGCCGUUGUUAUAGUGCUUCCUACAGCUUCAAGUUUGAUGGGAGGACCACUGGCAGCGAUGUUCUAUCAGUUCGUCGGUGCUCGUGUUAGCAUAUUUUGCGGUGCUUUGAUGUGCUUCAUAGGUUUCAGUCUCAGUUCCGUAGCUCCAUCGAUGGCCAUUCUUUCAAUCUUCGCAGUUUUUAUCGGAUUCGGAUGCUCUUUGAUGAGAAAUGCAGUGAUUUCGGUUCAAUGUGAAUAUUUCAUUACAAAGCGUAAUACGGUCAUGUCCUUUAUAUCAAUUGGACCAGGGAUUGGCAUUUUUGUGUUGUCACGUGCACUCGUACCGCUCAUUAACGCCUACUCGUGGGCCGUUGGAUUCCAGUUUCUGGCUUCACUUUAUGUAAUCUGCGGUGUGAUGUCAUUAUUCAUCACACGACGGUCUACAACCGAACAUCAUUCAUUUGCUCAUUUUACUGGACUCAAGGUUUGGUUACACUAUGAAUUUUGGCUUCAUGCUGUGGCUUCGUUUUGUGCGUCUGCCGUCUGCAUCAUCUAUCUAUCGAAUAUCCUAGGUCAUAUGAGGGGCGAAGGAAUCGAACAGCCGGAAGUUGUGUACAGUUAUUUUGGUAUAGCAUCGAUCGUUGGAAGAGCCCUGCUAACGCUGCUUUUGGGCCUUUUCCAAGCGACACUCGCCCAGUUUCUGUUGCUGAUGGUCGGACCAUCACAACUUCCAGGAGCUUUAGGAUACACAAAUCUCAUCAAUGGUGUAGCCGCUUUUGCAGCUGUACAAAUUGCGGGUUCCGCCACACAACGUUACCAAAGUACCAGAGCAGCGUUUUACAUUUCAUGCGUUUUUGGAGUGUUCGCAAUCAUUUUUGCUAUUGCGAAUUCCGUCGCCAUUCUGCUUCGGCACAGAAAACAAGCAGUUUUGGCCAAGCAGAAGAAGGCAGCAGAUAUUCCAGAACUACGAGUAAUGCUACAACACAAAUCAGAAGAUUAA